AUGCCGCCUGUGGUUCAGUGCCAGUCGCAGCCUCAAGCCAUCCCAUUCACAUGCCCCGUCAUCCCCGCGCCCAAGGCGCCGGCGCCCGCGGUCGCAGCAGCGCCAACGAAGCCCGCCGAGGCAGCCGCGGUCCCCGAGCCUAACUUUUUGGAGUCGGUGGAUCUGUACUUCGACCAGGCGGCGGCCAUCUCGCACGUGUCGCCGGAUAUUCUGGCGCAGAUCAAGGCGUGCAACACCAUCAUCCGCGUGCAGUUUCCGCUCAAGCUGCCCGACGGCCGCGUCGAGCUCGUCGAGGGGUACCGCGCGCAGCACUCGCACCACCGCCUGCCCGUCAAGGGCGGAAUCCGCAUGUCGCUGACAGUGGACGCGGAAGAAACCAUGGCGCUCGCGGCGCUCAUGACCUUCAAAUGCGCGCUGCUUGACGUGCCGUUCGGCGGCGCCAAGGGCGGCAUCAAGAUCGACCCGCGCAAGAUCUCACCAGAGGCGAAGGAGGCCGUUAUCCGACGGUACACGUCGGAGCUGGUGAAGAAGAACUUCAUCGGCCCGUCCAUUGACGUGCCCGCGCCCGACUACGGCACUGGCCCGCAGGAGAUGGCGUGGAUCAAGGACACGUACCAAAUGCUCAAGCCCGGCGACCUCAACUCCUUCGCGUGUGUCACCGGCAAGCCGCUGGAAGAGGGGGGCAUCCGGGGCCGCACGGCGGCGACGGGGCAGGGCGUUUUUGUGUGUCUGCGGGAGUUCUUCAAGAGCGGCAAGUGGAUGGGGCGGCUGGGCAUGAGCGAGGGCAUCAGCGGCAAGUCGUUUGUGCUGCAGGGCUUUGGCAACGUGGGGCGCCACACCAUCGACGCCAUAGUGGCCGCGGGCGGCCGCAUCGUGGGGCUGGCGGAGUGGAACGGCGGGCUGCUGGCGGCGCCGGGCGAGGCGCUCGACAUGGACGCGGUGAAGGCGCACGCCGCGCGCACGGGGGGGUCCAUUCUGGGCUGCGUGGGCGCCACCACUGUGAGCGACUCGGCGAGCAUCCUGGAGGCGGCGUGCGACGUGCUGAUCCCCGCGGCGCUGGAGGGGCAGAUCACGGCGCGCAACGCUCCGCGCAUCCGCGCCAAGGUGGUGGCGGAGGCGGCCAACGGGCCGGUGACGGCGGCGGGGGAGGCGGUGCUGCAGGCGCGCGGCAUCGUGGUGCUCCCGGACCUGCUGCUGAACGCGGGCGGCGUGACGGUGUCGUACUUCGAGUGGCUCAAGAACCUCAACCACAUCCACUUCGGGCGCAUGAGCCGCCGCAUGGAGGAGCGCGGCAAGCAGCAGCUCGUGGACGCCCUGGAGCAGGAAAUGGCAGGUGGCGCGCGCUUCAGCGACAGCACGCGGCAGUCCAUCGUGCGCGGCAACACCGAGGAGGACUUCGUGUGGUCGGGGCUGGAGGAGCACAUGAUCGAGGGCUGGGAGAACGUGGACGACAUGGCCGAGAGCAGGGGCUGCUCCUUCCGCACGGCAGCAUACCUCAUAGCCAUUGAGCGCAUCGCCCGCUCCUACCACGUCAGCGGCAUCUUCCCCUAG